AUGAAUCCCUCCAAAAGGCGGGCGGAUAGCCCGGAACUAGAGAGUCAACGCGCCGACCUACAGGGGCUUAUCAAUAUGAACCGAAAAAAGCUCAAGGCCCAGGGGUCAUUCAACGCAACAUUCUGGGCUCAGUCCGAGUACGUGGCAAAUCUCGUCUUACGGAAGGCCGAGGUUGAACGAAAGAUCUCGCUGAGAGACUUUACCGGCCCCCAGUCAGAUUGGGAGAAAACUGAUGCCGCGAACUCUAUCAUGCAAACAGUCAAGGCUCAGCAGACGGAAACAAUGGUCUACAAAAAACGAAAGGAAGAUGGCGAGGAAAAGGGUAAAAAGCGGCGCUUCAGGGCCCUGUUCAUGAGAUUGUUUACAACAAGUAAGAUGGGACUCGGAAUCAUGUCCACUGGAGCAGGAAAGCGAGAUCCUGGGACACAAUCAGCAUUUCGAAAUGAGUUAAUAGCCGUGGGAAAUGCAAAGCAUGAGACGGAAGAUUAUCUAUGGUGCCCAGUACUUGGCGAAUGGUGCAUGGACACCGACAUCCAAGCUGCUCACCUCUUUCCAUAUAUGCAUGGCCAAGAUGCCAUGGAUGCAAUAUUCGGGAGGAAGCGACCCCCAGAGUUGUUCUCAACCAAGAAUGGCCUUCUCCUAUUUAACGGCAUUGAACGUGUUUUCGAUGCGGGAAAGCUGGUCAUCGUGCCAGACCUUACUGAAAGACCAGCGAUAGAAGAGCUUCUCGCUUGGAUACAGCGAGAAACUAGAGAAUACAAAAUUAAAGUCAUUGAUUUGUCUUGGGACAGGCUUGAUAAACGAAUUUCGGCCUAUCAUGCAAAGACAUGGCGAGAUCUAGAUGGCCAACGGCUUCAAUUCCGGACAAGUUUCCGGCCGGCGGCGAGAUAUCUUUACUACCAUUAUUGCGUCCAGGUCUUGCGGCGAGCAUGGGGGCAUAACACAGGGGGGGGAGCUCUACCUACUCUCAAGAACGAGAUCGGCAAGCCCUUCUGGGGUACCCCAGGGAGGUAUCUUCCGAAGAAUAUGCUUUUAGCCAUUGUAGAGGAAAUUGGACACGAUUAUAAGGAGCUUUUGGAGGGGGCUGCUUCGAACAAAGGAGAUAAUGAUCUCCUCUUGGCCAUUGCGUCUUGUCAAGUGAAAAGCCGACCAGCACUUAGGCCUAAUACAUUCACCGGCGAAGAGGAAGAUAGCGAGGAAGAGGAGGAAGAGGAGGAAGAGGAAAGCGAUGAUGAGUGA